GGGAGGGGGGAAAGGGGAGGGGGGAGGGAAAAGGGGAGGGGGGGCUGGGAGAGUUGAGGCUGCGCUGCCGCCGGGGUCUCCGGCCUUGGGGCCUCUUAGCGGCCGCUAGAAGAAGCGGCUGGGGGCGGGGGGAGAGGGGCCGGGGCCCGCGCUCCCCCAGCCCCGGAGGAGGCCGAGGCAAAGGAAAGGACAAACGGACGGACCCAUCCCGGCGACCGGACACCCCCCCCCCUACACACACACCCCCUCACCCCGUCGCCGCCGGGGAUCAUGGCCGGGGCUGGGGCAGCUGCCGCUGCGGCCAGGAGCUCCCUGCCGGCCGUAAGAAGAAAUUAUAAUAUAUAGAUAAUCUCCUGAUAGAAGAUGAUACAUAUGGAUCAGAAACAGAAGUAAGAAGUUGGAAACCAGGAAUCCAAAGUGAAGAAAUUCUGUGAGCCUUUGGAUGAGAAAGGUCCUCCUCUCUGUAACCAUGCCAGAGAUGACAGAAAAUGAAACUCCUACAAAGAAGCAGCACCGAAAGAAAAACCGGGAGACACACAAUGCAGUGGAGAGACAUCGAAAGAAGAAAAUUAAUGCGGGAAUCAACCGAAUUGGAGAACUUGUACCAUGUUCACCUGCACUGAAGCAGAGCAAGAACAUGAUCCUGGAUCAAGCCUUUAAGUACAUAACAGAAUUAAAAAGGCAAAAUGAUGAACUCUUACUCAAUGGAGGCAACCAUGAACAAGCUGAAGAAAUUAAAAAACUGCGGAAACAGCUUGAAGAAACCCAAAGGGAAAAUGGUCGAUACAUUGAAUUACUGAAAGCAAAUGAUAUUUGCCUGUAUGAUGACCCUACAAUCCACUGGAAAGGAAAUCUCAAAAAUGCCAAAGUUUCUGUCGUUAUUCCUAGUGACCAGAUUCAGAAGAACAUCAUUGUCUAUUCAAAUGGAAGUCAACCUGGUGGAAACAACCAAGCGACAGCUGUUCAGGGAAUUACAUUUAAUGUUGGUCAUAAUUUACAAAAACAGACAGCUAAUGUUGUGCCAGUUCAAAGGUCUUGCAAUCUGGUGACUCCUGUGUCCCUUUCUGGAGUUUUUCCCCCUGAAAAUAAGCCAUGGCAUCAGACUCCAGUUUCCUCCUUGACUGCUAACCAGUCUGUUCCCCUUUGUCUUCCUGCUGCCAUUCCUGCUCAGAACAUUCUUGAAAUUUCCACCUCAGAAAAUGAGUCAAGUGUGCUUAGUUCUAACAGCUCGCAGAUUACUGUUCCAUCUGGAUCUGAAUCCAACCAACUAAGUUCAUCAAGUAUGCCACUAAGUGGGCAUAAUGCUUCUGAAAGCAAAAAUGGACAAGAGAGCCCCAAGUUACCCAAGAGACCCAUGUCCUGUGCUACCAGCAUUUCCCCCAGCACUUCUGUACUUUCUUUUCAAGUGCAACCUGGAAACAAAUCCUGUCUAAGCUUACAGGAUUUUAGAAGUGAUUGUCAGGACAACUUUGUGGUACCAGUUGCUGAUACAGCUUGCUCCCAACCUCUGAGACCUUCAAUCCCUAGGAAUUCCUCUCCAGUGAACAUUAGUAAGAACACAGAUUUAACAAGCAGUGCUGGUGUAGAGGCACCUUCUGUGGCUCUAGCAGUCAAGGCUACAACUGCUAUAAGCACAGUCUCUGCAAGCCAUUUAGACAGUGGUUGGUCUCUUUCUUGCUCUUUGCCUUCUUCAAGUGUUAAUGCUUCUGAUUUGAAAAACAUAAACAGCCUUACUCGCAUCCCCUCAUCUGGAAACACGCAGACAACAUGGACUACAUUGCAACUAGCAGGAAACACUGUUCAGCCAUUAAGCCAGACACCAUCCACUAUUGUAACCCCAAUAUUAAAUGAGCCGGGCAGUAGUACUUCAGCUCCCAACCACAAUAGACACAUGGCUACGUGUGUCUUGAAUGGCUCAUAUCCUUCAGAUGGACAGCAGGUUGAGCAAGUAGUUGUGACUUUGCCUUCUUGUCCAUCUUUACCUAUGCAGCCACUAAUUGCUCAACCACCAAUUAAAACUCAGCCUCCCCCAAAUAUCCUUCCAUAUAAUUCAACAAUGCAAGUAAUUCAGAUGGCUCAGCCAGUUGGGUCAGCUGUUAAUGCAGGUUCAGCUAAUCAGAAUGUUAUCAUUCUUCAGCCACCCAGUACCACACCGUGCCCAGGAGUUAUGAGAGCCGAAGUUCCCAAUCAAACAGUUGGUCAACAGAUAGUGAUUAUACAGGCAGCUAAUCAGAAUCCUUUGCCACUUCUCUCUGCUCCACCUCCUGGUUCUGUUCGUGUCUCUGUUAACGGAGCCAAUCCUGUAGUAGUGUCUAAUAAUUCAGUGCAAAAUGUUUCGGCUCCACAGACAUUUGGAGGAAAACACCUCGUCCAUAUAUUACCGAGGCCUUCAUCAUCGUCAUCAUCUUCUAAUUCUACACAAACUUUUUCUGUUACAAUGUCAAAUCAACAGCAGCCUCAGACUAUUUCUUUAAAUGGACAGUUAUUUGCUUUGCAGCCUGUAAUGUCCUCAUCAGGAGCUACGAAUCAAACCCCUAUGCAAAUCAUUCAACCCACCACCAGCGAAGAUCCAAAUACCAAUGUUGCCCUGAAUACAUUUGGUGCUUUGGCCAGCCUCAAUCAAAGCAUUUCGCAGAUGGCUGGGCAAAGCUGUGUACAAUUGGCUAUCGGCCAGCCUGCCAAUCCUCCACCUGCUACUACUAGUCGGGUCACCCCAGUUAACUGUGUUUCAUUACCAACUACUGCAGCAUCUCCUCUAACUACUGAUAACACAGCAGUUCUAUCCAACACUGCUAAUCAUAUGAACAUUUCUCCAGUGAAAGCUCUAGCUAGUUUGCCUUCUAAUGUGAAAUCAAAAAGAGUGAUCAAAAAGCCAGGCCCCAAAAAACAUGUAGCUAACAAAUCAGCAUGCCCAGUAAAUCCCAAUAGGGAUUCAGGGAAAUUAGAUUGUGCCAACACAGAAGGAUCAACUCCACAAUCGUGUGCUGAUGGGCUGCUAGAAAGCCUACCUGUGGCAUUAACUCCUGCUACUGAAACUCAAGCAAACAGUGUGAAUGCCUCUGAUUCUCAUUCCUUUGAGGGUGUCAGUUCUGAACCUUUAGUGUCAGAGUCUCAUUCAUUAGAGGUGUCACAUUCACCCUCCCAAGAACCCAUUACAAGUGAACAUUUUGUUUUGACCUCACCGGAUCCUCGAGAUUCUGUGUCCACUUUGCAAUCAGGAAGAUCUCAAAGUAAGCCAGCAACUAGUCCUGAGGUGUCAGACUCUUCCAGGUCCUGUAUUUCAUCUGGUCUCUUGAUUCCCUCUCCAAGUGAUCCACAUAUUUUGGUUUCUCAGAUUCCUGGAUCCUCAUCCACCCAAAGCACCACAAGUACCAGUGGUGCUUCAGGAGUGGAAAUUAUUUCUGAGCCAUGUAGACAGGAUUCAUCAGCUGCAGUGCAAGCCACAGGUUUAUUAAAAGGACAUGGUUUGACUGCAUUGCUCUCUGACCUUACAAAGGAAAAAGAGGGUCAGAAAACCCCUCUUUCAGCUCAAGUGGACCAUCCGAACUUUCCUUCAGAAAACUCUAAAAUUGUUGGAUCAAGUAUUGAAUUGCCUCAGAAACAGGAACUAUUACUAAUGAAUGGUGAAGGUGGGAAUUUAUCACAGCAUCAUUCCUGUAUUCCUGAUCAAGAGGCCAUUAAUAGCUCUUUGCUUGCCAGCAGGCAGACAGAUUCCCCCAUGUCAACCAGCUCUGGCAGUAGUCGUGGUUUCUCAGUUGCAUCCAUGCUUCCUGAUACCACGAGAGAAGAUGUUACCAACAGUACAUCAGCUAGUACAUGCGACAAUUGUACCUUUGCAGAACAAACUGAUAUAGUAGCACUUGCAGCAAGAGCUAUUUUUGAUCAAGAGAACCUUGAGAAGGGAAGAGUUGGUGUCCAGACUGAUAUACAGGAAACUACUUCCAAGCCAUCUGAAGCUUCAUCUUUAGAGGGAGAGCAGCCUUUCAAAACCCAGGCAGCAAAGGAAAAUGCUACAGGACAGGUAGAAGCAACAGCAAAUGAAUUUAGUUCCCAGGAUUCCGUUCAAGCAAAUGUGGAUAGGUCUCUUGAAAAACCAAGUUGUUCAGUAUCAACUGAAACAUCACAUGCCUCUAUACAGGUUUCAACUUCUCAGUCACCAAGCAUUUCUAGUUUAAGUGUUAAUAAUCUUAUUCAUCAGAGUAGUAUCAACCAUCCUUUAGUUAGCUGCUCAGAGCAACCAGCUAUUCCUGCAACAGUGAAUCUCUCAGUUUCAUCUAGUUCCUAUGUCACUCAACCUCCUGAACCAUCUCUAAUGGCUGAAUAUUCUCAAGACCAGUUAAAUACCAUGACUAAUAUACCAAAUUCACAAAUUCAAGAAUCACACUUAAAGUCAAGUCAUGAAAGUCGUAAGGAUCCUGCCAAACGUCCUGUUCAAGAUGAUCUUUUACUUUCUACAGCUAAAAGGCAAAAACAUUGUCAGCCAGCACCCCUCAGACUUGAAGGUAUGUCUCUAAUGAGCCGGACACCUGACAACAUUGCUGAUCAAACUCAAAUGAUGGUUGGUCAAAUCCCUCCUAACUCUUCAAACUCAGUGGUACCUGUUAGCAACCCAGGGCAUGUGGAUGACCUUUCUCGGUUAUUCCCACCCAACAACUUUGUCACAUCUGCUUUGAGACAACCUGAAGUUCAGUGCAAUUCACAGCCUUCAAUGACUGAGCAACAACAAAGCCAGGCAGGAAGUCAACAUCUGCAGUCCUUGCAGCAGCAACAUGUACCUCCUGCUCAAGGCAUAUCUCACCUUCAUAAUAAUCAUCCGUAUUUAAAGCAGCAACAGCAAGCAGGACAGUUAAGAGAAAGACAUCACUUAUACCAACUGCAGCAUCAUGUACCUCAUGCAGACAGCUCCAUUCAUUCCCAGUCUCAUGGUGUGCAUCAGCAGAGGACUAUACAGCAGGAAGUUCAAAUGCAAAAGAAGAGGAAUCUUGUCCAGGGAACUCAAGCCCCUCAACUUUCCAUACAGCAGAAGCAUCAUGGAAGUGACCAGUCACGACCCAAGGGUGGGCAACCUCACCCCCACCAUCAGCAGAUGCAGCAACAGAUGCAACAGCAUUUUGGAAAUUCCCAAUCAGAAAAAAGCUGCGAGAACCCUUCAACAAGCCGGACUCACCAUAACCACCCACAAAACCAUUUAAAUCAAGACAUUAUGCAUCAGCAACAGGAUGUUGGAAGUAGGCAGCAAAGUUCAGGAGUUUCUUCUGAGCAUGUAACUGCACACAAUCCAAUGCAAAGACUUAUGCCACCUAGAGGGUUAGAGCAACAAAUGGUAUCCCAGCCAAGUAUUGUAACGAGGUCUUCAGAUAUGACCUGUACGCCACAUAGGCCAGAAAGAAAUAGAGUUUCAAGUUAUUCUGCAGAGGCACUCAUUGGGAAAACUUCAUCUAAUUCAGAGCAGAGAAUGGGCAUAUCAGUUCAGGGUCCUAGGGUUUCAGAUCAGCUUGAAAUGAGAAGUUACCUUGAUGUUCCAAGAAAUAAGGGUUUAGCCAUUCAUAAUAUGCAGAGUCGUGUAGAUCAUACAGUUGCCUCAGAAGUUCGUCUUUCUGAUUGUCAGACAUUUAAGCCGAGUGGAGCUAGCCAACAGCCCCAGAGCAAUUUUGAAGUCCAGUCUUCAAGAAAUAAUGAAAUAGGUAAUCCUGUGUCAUCACUGAGAGGCAUGCAAUCCCAGGCCUUUCGAAUUAGUCAAAAUAAUGGGCCACCUAUUGACCGACAAAAGAGAUUACCUUAUCCACCAGUUCAGAGCCUUCCAGCUGGAAACACCAUUCCUCCAAGAGACAAUGAAAAUGCUUGUCACCAGAGCUUUAUGCAGAGUUUGCUUGCCCCUCACCUUGGUGAUCAAGUCAUUGGGAGCCAACGAUCAAUCACAGAACAUCAGAGGAAUACACAGUGUGGCCCAUCUUCUACAAUUGAAUAUAAUUGUCCCCCGGCCCAUGAGAGCAUCCAUAUUCGAAGAGAAAGUGAAACUCAAAAUAGAGAAAGCUGUGAUAUGUCGUUGGGUGCUAUUAAUACCAGAAACAGUUCUUUGACUAUCCCUUUUUCAAGCUCUUCUUCCUCAGGGGAUAUUCAGGGUCGAAACACAAGCCCCAAUGUUUCUGUACAAAAGUCUAAUCCCAUGAGAAUGACUGAAAGUCAUGGAACCAAGGGCCACAUGAAUCCCCCAGUUACUAGUAAUAUUCAUGGGGUAGCACGGCCAAGUCUGCCUCAUCCAGCUGUGUCUCAUGGGAGUGCUGAUCAAGGACCUCCUUCAGUUCGCCAGCCUAAUUCUUCAGUUACCCAGAGAUCAAGGCAUCCCCUACAAGACAGCAGUGGUGGUUCCAAAAUCCGUCAAGCUGAAAGGAAUCGUUCUGGAAACCAAAGACAUAAUAAUGUCUUUGAUCCUAGUCUUCCCCACCUCCCUCUAUCUACCAGUGGCAGUAUGAUUAUUGGACGUCAGCAAUCCUCUACAGAGAAGAGAGGAAGUAUUGUUCGUUUUAUGCCUGAUAGUCCCCAAGUAUCUAAUGAGAGUGCAGCCCCAGACCAACACACUUUGUCCCAAAAUUUUGGAUUCCCAUUUAUUCCAGAGGGUGGUAUGAAUCCACCAAUAAAUGCCAAUACUUCUUUCAUUCCACAGGUUACUCAGCCCAGUGCCACUAGGACUCCAGCACUCAUCCCGGUAGAUCCCCAGAAUACAUUGCCUUCUUUCUAUCCACCUUAUUCACCGGCUCACCCUACGCUGUCCAAUGAUAUUUCAAUCCCUUAUUUUUCCAAUCAGAUGUUCUCAAAUCCUAGCACAGAAAAGGUAAACAGUGGAGGUUUAAAUAACCGAUUUGGAACAAUAUUAUCUCCUCCCAGGCCUGUUGGAUUUGCUCAACCAAGUUUUCCUCUUCUCCCUGAUAUGCCACCGAUGCACAUGACCAACUCUCACUUGUCCAAUUUUAACAUGACAUCUUUGUUUCCAGAGAUAGCCACUGCUCUUCCUGAUGGCUCAGCAAUGUCUCCUUUGCUUACAAUUGCAAAUUCCUCAGCGUCUGACUCUUCCAAGCAGACCUCAAACAGACCUGCCCACAACAUAAGCCAUAUUCUAGGUCAUGAUUGCAGUUCAGCAGUCUAAACACUGAUAAAAACUAAAUGUGAUGGGUGAGAUUAUAUAUUUGUUUAUAUGUAUCUAUAUGUAUAUAUAUAUAUGUAUAUAUAUAUAUAUAUAUUCAUGUGUGCAUGUGUGUAUAGUUCAUUUUCUGUUAUCCACAAUAGGGAAGCAACAGAGAUAAUCCAAAAAAGAAAAGUGACUUAUUGAAAGAAAUUACACUUAAUCUUGAAAUGCACUAUGACUUUUCCCCCCAGUGGAUUUCUCAAGUUUCAGUUAGAGUGCUUUGUAUUUCUUGGGUAUAAAUCAACUGAUAUUAGACAUAGCUUAGCCUUGUAUUGAGUAGUGGGUAAAAGAGAGCCCAUUGUCAAAACCUAUUUUUAUAGAUAAUCCAUAGGUAGUAAAAACAUUAUGGCUAGUGAUCAAAUUCUGGCUGAUGUCCAUAAUGAAAGAACCAUGAACAAAUAUGUGAAUUGUACUUAUUUAAUUCCUUCCUCCCUCAAUAAUUGGUUUAAGAAAAAAGUUAUUGCCUUGAUUUAUAAAAGCUACAGGAAAUUAAAAAUCAUUUGGAUUUUAUAAGUCUUGCAUUUCAAAACAGGGAGCCAAAUUCAAUAGAUACUUAAAAAUGUUUACUCCUAAAGUCAAAAGCCUUUAUUUAGAUAUUAUUAGCCUCAGCAAUAGAAUAGAAUUAGAGCUAGAAGGAACCCUAUAGUUUAUGUCUAAACCAACCCUCUCAUUUACACCAGAGGAGACUAAGGGCCACUAAUUUUCCAAGAUUUUUUUUAAAAUCCAUAAUUGAAUUUGCUAAUUGUUCUUCCUCCUUUUUGUAAAGUAGUGCUAUUUCAUAAAGGCAUAAAUACACAGUAAAAUGCUUGAUUAAUUAGACUCAUCAUUCUGUUUGAACUAAUUUCCUUUGUAUUUGUUGAUCAUUAGUUCCUGUUAAUGAUAAUAUAUUGAAUUUCAUAAGAUUGGUUGAAUUUUUCAUUUCUCAUCUGAGAAAUAUUUUCACAUUACAUAAUAAAUAGAGAGCCAGCUCUGAAAGUAGGAGGAUCUGGAUUCAGGUUUCGCCUCUGACAUAUACUAUAUGACCAUUGACAAGUCAUUUAACCUCUCAGUAUUCUAGGCAACUCUCUUAAGACUAUAAGUUGUUGAAGUUACUGAUCCUCACUGGAAGAGGGAGUUACCUCAUCUCUUUGUACCUUAUAUGAUUAAAAUCACAGGUCCAAUCUGUCCUUAUUGAUUCAUAGCCUACCCCUAUCCCUUUUGGUUUCUCUAAAAAAUGAUGCACUUCACAGUAGAACUACACAGAAUUCUCUUUGGGAAUUUACUAUUUUUUUUUUCUGCUGUGGAUGUUAAGGAGUUUAAUCCGCAUUUGGAAAGACCAUUAUCUUUGUAUUUGGAAAGAAAAUAUAUAUAAAUGUACAUACACACACAGGCUUAUAUGCAGAACCUGGAUAAUUAAUAGGUCUGCCUCUGUACAAAUCUAUUGAUUGGAACCUGCUAAAGGAAUGAGAAAAAGCUUUUAAAAAGUUUAUUGGAUAAAAAAAUGCCUAUUUCAGAAACAUAAUUUAGUAUGGCUAAUUAACAAAGAAAUUACCAUGUUCCCUCAUAAUUUCCCUGGCUUUUUUAGCAGGUAUUUUAAUGCUACAAGUGAAUUGGUGAUGGGGAGGGGCUUGUGGUUAAUUAUUCCCACUGCUAUGGUAAUGGGGUAAACCCAAGGGACCACAGCUUCUACAGAAUAUUUUUCUUCCCUUAGUAGUUUCUCUGAAGUUUUUGGUCAGGACAGUUCAUCCCUGUUAAUAUCUCUUCCAAAGACUCUUUCAUCAAUAGGGUCAUUUGUGCCUCUUUAGCUGCUCUGGCCAAACUCAAUUGUUUUUGUCACCAGUAGAAAGCAGCCUCCUAGACAUGGGGGAGGUUGUAGUUGUUGUGAAGGUUAAAUGAGAUAAUGUUUGUGAAACUUUUUGUAAACUUACCUAAAUGCAAGCUAUUAUUUUCAAUCUCCUCAAUCCUAUAUUUUCUCCAUAAUACAGGGAUGGAUUGGGGUAUGUGUGAACUUAAGGGCAAUGGAUAGAUGAUGAAUAUAGUAAACUGUAACAGGAAGGAGGACAAGCUAUGUUUUUGAACUUAUUUUCAGAUGUAAAUCCUUAAAAUCAAAUUUAUCAGCUUCCAUUUACCAGUUCAAAAACUGAGCAGGUUUUGAAAUAUAGACCAUAUGUGAAUAUGCACUUCUCUACAAUCAUUUAGGACUAUUCAAAGCCUGAAAGGUAAGCAGAAUAGCUAUAAAUUUAAGUAGCAACUAAUUAAGCUGCUUUUUUCCUAAAAAGUCCUCAAAAUCCAUAAAUGUUCCCAAGUACCUUCUAACAAGCUUAUUGCUUUAUUCAGCUCAGGUCUGGCCAGAGGCACUUAUUUAUUUGCAUUACAUUUAGCUUUAGGUAUGUAGCUAUUUUGAUUUUUGAGUGACUAAAUCUCUUUAUUUGGUCAAGGCCCAUUCUUUCCCUAAUUAUCUCAAAAAUGAUGUGACCACAAAUGGAGGGGAGGUGUUUUCCCUGUUAUGAGCUGUUUUACUUAUGUUUAUGUGCUUACAUUUAUCUCGAUUCUAUGGGGAACAUUCUGAUUAAGGGCUUAAAUCUAAAAGUAAAUUGUGUAUUUAAUUUAUAUAUUAAUGUACAUGUUCUUAUUUGAAUUUAAAACAUCAGUGCCUAUGGUAAUGUAUUGAAGCAGUAUUAAAUAUGUGAUAUACAAAUCUUGGCAAUUGAUUCUAUAAUAAUGAGUGAUUUGGUAUUAGCUAAUUGUUGAAAUUUUUGGGCAAGGGAACACAUAUGGGUUAUUUUUCUGGAAAAAAAAUUUUAAGCUAACAAUUGGUUUAUUAGUUCAGAGUCGGAGAUUGAACCCAGUUCUGGAGAUGAUUUUAUAAUCUCUUUAUUAUUCAAGGUUAACUAACUCCAACUAACUCCAACUAACAACCAACUCCAUAGUUGCCCAGGGAGAUGAUUAUCCAUUAACUCAUGGAUUUUUUUUUUUUUUUUUGUCUUUGUUUCAGUAUUGGUUUAGAAAUUGCUUAUGGAAAAAUUAACAUUGAAGCAUUUCAUUUUUUUAAAGUAUAAUUGCCUUUUAAUGGAAUGAAAAGUUGAGAUUUCGGUUUGUGUGUAAUUUUUAUGUAAUUGUCAAAGAUGAAAGUACUCGUGUUUGAUACCAUCAUUGGCUUUGUCACACAAGUUAAUGAAGGUGCAGGGAAGGUGGUCUUUUAUGAUGAUUAUGCUUUUCUUUUUUGUUGGAAUAUUUGGAAGUAUGAGACCUGUCCCUAAUUUUCAAAAUAAUGAGUGAAAAAUCAAUGAUGAAUUUGCUUUGUAAAACGUAACAUAACUGAACUGUGAAAAAAAAGAGAAUUGGAAGCUGGGUUUGGGGAAAGGCAGAACAUUCCUUUACCAACAAAUCUCACUCAUGUAACUAACAAUGCUUACGCUGAACUGGAACCAAAAUUAACUCUUUAAGUCAUCUUACUUGAAAUAUACAAAACAGUUAUGCAUUUUAAGGCAAUUACUAUUUGUCUUCAAUAUUUUAACUAUUUACAUAUGCCUUCUUAGCUGUCUCUCUAAAAGGGGGUAAGACUAAAACCCAGCUUUAAUAAUGUGAUAAUGUAAUGGAAUGUGAGUGCAGUUUAAAACAUUGUCAAAAACAGGAACUUCAAAAAUGUUUCUGUCCAUCUUUCCCCUUUCUGUCCUGAUACAUGGGUAUGCAUACGUUUUCCUCCCUUACCAUUCCAUGUCAUGUGAAUGGCAAUCAAUUAGCCUAGGCAUUCUCUUAGCAGAAUGAAGCUUUCUUUUGUCAUGAAAAGGCCAUUGGCCUGAUAGUUUAUAGAGUUGGUGUGCUAUAUUCCUAGAUCAGUGAUUUCCAGUAUCUGGUUUUGUUGACCCAGCUUGACUCAGUUAUUUAUAACAAAGGGUUGUAAAGAAAUUCUCAAAACCAAAUUAAAAUGGAUUUCAUUUUUUAAAAAGUGUCACCUUGCAUUAAAUUUGUUUUAGAGGUGGUAGAAUUGAGUAGGGAGAGCAAGGGUUAGAAAAAGUGGGGAAGGGAGGCCACAAACUCAGUAGCAGCUUUUGAAUGCAAUUCCAAAAGUUCAGGAAUCUUUUUUCCAGUUUACUGAUUUACAAGCACAGGUAAAUCUCAUAUUUGCCCCCAGUUGAAAUGCGUUAGGGCUCUGUACCUCUGGGGGGCAACAGUGACAUCCAAUGGCCAUUUGAGACUACUGGAGUUAAUAUUUUUGACGGAUUUUAUGACAUUGAAAUGAAGGUUACAACCCUUUCUGAAGAUACCUGUUUUGCUGAAUGUUGCUUUCCCUUUCCUGUCCAAAGUUAAAACGGCCAUUUUCUUUUUUUCGAUGCCUUCUUUUCUGUCUUCUAAACUUAUGUGGACCCUGGAAGAAUACUGGAGUUUAUUUGCAGGGGUGAUUCCAAAAUCAAUCUGAGGCAAUCCAGUUAAAUUUAUAGAAAGUGAAGAUCUUCCCAAUGACUAAUUCUGUACCAGCAUCCUCUUGCAACAGUACUGCACUUUAACUGCAACUGUGCCUCUAGUCCUUAGACCUAUAUAUUGGAACAUAUCACCCACCCAGUCAUUCCAAAAAAAAAAAAAAAAAAAAAAAAA